UACUGUUCAAGUUGUAAAAAAUUAAGCUUCCGAUUUCAUUGCUGUGUACAAAUGUAGCUCCAAACAGACCAGAAUGUUGAGAUGUUUGUAUGCCUACUCCUUUCUUUGCUCCAGUGUCUAAAAUGGUCUGUUCCUCCCUAAUGGAGUUCAAAGGGCUGACGUCAUUGCAUUUCCUGGAAUCGUGGGUCCUCGGGAAGUGGAAAAGUUAAACUCCAAGCAGGCUGCACAUUGACGUCAGCCCCGAGCCAGGCUGUGACUGAGCCAGUUCCCUUCUGUUCUGCCGAGCGCAGCUGACAGCUUGAGGUUGUUAACUAGCUCGCUGCUUGCCUGUCUCCGUGGAAGCUCUUGGACUGGGUAGCUUGACUUGUGGGCCUCACUUUAGCGUUUCUCUGCAGAUGAGGAAACUGAACUUGCCCCAAGUCACAUGACUGCUGCCACUGGUGACAUGCCAACUUACCAGAUCCGAGCUCCUCCAACUGCUUUGCCUCAGGGAGUGGUGGUGGCUGCCUCCCCAGGAAGUUUGCACAGCCCCCAGCAACUUGCAGAAGAAGCCACACGCAAACGAGAGCUGAGGUUGAUGAAAAACAGGGAAGCUGCCCGGGAGUGUCGCAGGAAGAAGAAAGAAUAUGUCACAUGUCUUGAAAAUCGUGUGGCUGUGCUUGAAAACCAAAACAAGACUCUCAUUGAGGAACUCAAGGCCCUUAAAGAUCUUUAUUGCCAUAAAGCAGAGUAACUCUUUGACUUGGACCUUGUUUACUG